UCUGCACACAGCGCAUCCUUUAGAAACACCCACAUCAUCUAUUGCUCUUGGAACAAUGCCGCUGCACGACACCCUUGUCAACACGACAUUGCCCAGCACGCUGGGAGAGGUUGGCCCAGGCAGCACCGAAGCAUCGCAGACAAGAGCCGAGCUAGAGGUCAUGAACCAGGAGCUGCACUGGCUACUCAAUGACAGCAUCCCCGAAUCGAUCCAGUUCAUCCACAGCAGCCUCCAAAAGCUCACAUUCCUGGACCGAGCAGCGCAGAAACACAAGCACAGUGCUCGAGCUCGCCUCGACCAGCUCCGACGCCAAGGGCACGGCAACCAUCAGCGGCGCCUCGGUCACACAGCUCUCCCUGGAUCUCUCUCUGGGCAGCCAAUUCAACCAAGGCAAGCCCACCACCGUGUACCUGAAGAAGAGCGAAACACUGCCGUUGCGCCAGGCACAGGAGGCAAGAAGCUACAUAAAGUCAGCGCUCCGCAAGACCGCCGACGGGCAGUUUGACACAGUCGACGAGGCGCUGGGCUUCUUUGAGCGCGUGCUGGACCAUGUCCAAAGGGCUCGGGCAACGCUGGCCCUGGGCAGCCAGCAGGGGCUGCAGCCGCUGCAGUGGGAGAACACGGACAAGUUCGCGCCUCCGCUGCCAGAGAACCUGGUGAUCGAGUGCGGACUCAUGGGCAGCGUGUUUGCUGUGCAUGCGUACUGGCUAAAGUUCAGGCGCACGGUCAAGAACUCGGGCGGUAUCCUCGAUGCGUUCAAGAAGGACCCGACGACCGGCCACAUGCUGGUGGUCAACGGCCGGCUGGCCGAGGUGCGGCGCGAGGUGGUGUUUGAGGCCGCGUUUGCCCAGAUCCAGGAGGGCCUGGCAACGCUGGAUCUCGUUGCUGGCGUUUGUAUUGACGUUGUUGGGCAGCUUCAUUCGUUUGAUAGCAUGUAGCGUUAGCACCUUUUUUUUUUGGAAUAUACAGCGUUUAUUGGAAUAUCUCCUCCAUGUCGGCAUCAUUGUCGACAUCCGAGCUUGAAUCAACAGCAAUAGCGUCGCUGUGCGAGUCUGACCCGAUAUCGAUAGCUUCAACCGCAGGCUCUGCUGCUGGGUUGGUAGCCUCUGAAGCUGGGAGCUGGAAUUGGAAGCUGGAAGCUGGGAGUCAGAGCUGGGGCUGGAGCUGGGG